CCACAAAUACCGAAAAUCCACGGAUAUUUACUUCUUCGGGACUUGAUGUAACUUUGCACGAGGUUGUGCCAUUUUGCACGGUCUGGUCUAUCGUAUCAUUAGAAGGUGUUUCAGAACUGGCCCCAGGUUAUCUGGCAUGCACCUAAGCUACUAGUCUAGGCUGUCUUUCUCUAUCCGCGACCGUCACUUAUUUUUGCAGUGGCACCAAAGUUGACUUGCUUACCUUGCAUUUUGACUACCUAACUACUACCUAAUACCUUACCUUGCCUGACUUACCUUUCUACCUACCGUCGCGAUCUACCCGACCAAAGCUAAGCUACCUCAACUACCUACCAUCCUAUCCUACCAAUCUUUUAGUAUUCUUAUUUCUCCUACUUCUUUAUUUUUUUUUUUUGCUUGUAUCAUCGAUCCUACCGCAAAGAUCCUCGGAAUUCCCGCCAACCAAUCCGAGGUCAGAGACACAGCCUGUUCCUCUUCUGGACAAGCCGCACCUGGCCCGUGUUCUAUAGUCUCAGUCAUUCGCAGCCAAGGUUGCACACCACUGCGGCUUACUUUUCUCCCUUUCUCGGCCUACCUGACCUCCGCCCUCAUUUCCCCUCCCUCUCAUCUUUUGCUGCUCCCACUACUUUACUGCAUUCUAUCUGUUCACCUGUUUUGCUUUUCAUAUUAUCACUAGUCGACGGAACUAUCUAUCUUAUUUUUUUUGCCCCUAUCACUUUAUUUCCCCAUUGAAAUCCGCGUUCGCAGAAAGAAAAAAAAAUCGUCCGUCGAGGCAAUUCAUUCCAUCUCACCUAGGGUAUACUUGGCGUCGCGCCCAUAGAUGGGAUCUUUUCGAGCUCCACGGGACAAGCUUCACUGGAAAUUCACUACUUCCUUCGAGACCCCCGCGGCCAAGAACCAGACAACAGCAUUGGUGCUCAAAAGACCGGAUGACAGAAUUGUAUUGACGCGCCUCGAGGCUGCACAGUACAGAAUCGCGACCCUUCGCGCUCGGAGCGUCGCCAAACCUGGUCUGACCGGCCAGUAA